CAAAUUGAGUGUUAUUUUUUAAUGAAGGAAAACCGUGCUCAUUUGAGCGUUUUGGGAAUGUUUCAUUUGGACCCUUCUGUGUUACUUUCGAUGGGAGCUUCUAUUGUCUCAUAUUUGAUCAUUUUAAUUCAAUUUACUGACAAUAUGCCCAACCUAUCAAAGCCAAGACAUGACGGUGGAACUGGGAGUAUGCGUUCAAGCGUUAACCGUUAAAAUUGCAUUCAAUGUCAUGUUUACAACAAAGUCAGCACUUUAUUACGAACCACGGUCGCAAAAAACGUGCCUCUCUUCACUUAAUUCACUUAUAAAAGUCUUAAAAUUUCACACCAAAAAACAGUCACAAAAAUGCCACCAAUCGCAUCACUUCUCUUGUUACUCACAAUCUCUCAGGUCGAUUUAACGUCUACCCAAGACCUUAAAACAAUUUUUCGCACUCCAAACAAGCGUAAUUACGACGAAUUCGAAAUUCUUGAACGCUCAAAUUUUGUAUCGGAAAAUUCAGAAUCGAAAAAUUACCCCAACGAAAAACCAAAAUCAUACGCAAAUGCACAAAUUCUGCUCCGAAUUGGUGGAGAUAAGGAGGGCUGUGCUUGCGGUAACAAUUGCAAAUGUUGUGGAGGAAGAAAUUACCCCUUUUAUCCUUUGUGUUUGUGUUUGCCGCCUUGUUACCCCUACUUACCCCCACUCUAUGCUCAACCAAUGAAAGAUGUUCCCCCACUACUGCCACCGCCAGUCAAAGCGGAGCUUCCCCCACCACCAAAAUUGGCCGAAAAUGAAUUGAACGAAAACGUGGUUGAUGAAAUAGAAGAAAAUGUCAGAAAUGAACAUCCUGUCAUUUUGGAUACUAUCAAAAUUCCUGAUGAUGCCAUUAAACCAGUGGACGACAUUGAAAAAUGUCUCAAGGACGUGUCCUCGAAAAUUGAUCCCAAACAAGUGUCACCAAACGUUAAGUUCGUGUCUUUGGAUUUGAGUCAAGUACCGACAAAAAAUCCGGAUAAUGACAAGCGUGACCUUCAAGAGUCACUUAUUCCCUACUUGGGAAGUGGCCAAAUCAGGCCGAAACUUUUAGUGACACAUCCUAUUUUUAAUAGGCCUUUAAGUGAAUCAGUUGGAUAUAAAUUUUCAGAAGGUUCUUGGUACUAUUCAGAUCCGGUGAAAAGUGUAGCAUAUCAAAAACCACCAAUUUUGACAGUUUUGGGGCCCCAACAAGUGGUCAAGUAUUUAGUGGUACCAGUGACUGAACCUGAAGUGGUACCAAGGUCGCAUGAUGAGGAUUGUUGUUGCUGCAGUUGUGCGAAAUAUGUGGGAGAAUUGAACGAAAAAAUGGCCUAAUUCUUAUUAGCACUAUUUAUUUAUUGUAGUAAAAUUACACUUUUGGUGCAAAUAUAUUUGUUACAUUGGUA